CGUGAGUGUGCACCCGGAAAUGUCUCCCGCCUCCCCCGGAAGCGGGGCUGUUGAGGGACAGUGUUGCAGGGUGCACCAUGACGGCGGAGGAGAAGGAUCCUCUGAGUUAUUUCGCGGAGUAUGGGAGUUCGGAGAGCAGUAGUGAGGAGGAGGACGGGGAAGAGGAGAAGAGGGCGGCGGAGGUAAAGAGGCCGCCCCCAGCACGCCGCCUCCCUGGACCCGAUGAGCUCUUCCAGACUGUCAGCCGCCCGGCCUUCCUGUCGACCCCUUCCAGCUCCACCUCCAUUAACUGGGAGAAGAGGCUCAUCCGACCCCCCGAGGAGCCUCCCAGAGACUUUAAAGUGUGGAAGAUGAAUGCAGUUCCUCCUCCAACAUCCUACAAGGUAGAAGAAAAGAAGGCGCCACCACCCCCUGAAUUGGACAUGGCUAUAAAAUGGUCCAGUAUGUACCAGGACAACGGAGAUGAUGCUCCACAACAGGUGACCAAGGCUAAGUUUCUUCCAGAUGAAGAGACAGCUGCUGACUCUCCAGAUGAAGAGGAUGAGCCAUCAACCGCAAAAAAGCGAAAGGUUUCAUAGCUGUAAUUUGGACACAAGCAGUCUGGAUCUGAUUGGAAAACCGUUCUCCUGGAGUCUCCUGGCCUCCAGAGUGCAGUCAUAACUGAGUGUAGAUCUCUCACAUGUCCCUAGUCUCCAGUUCCUGAGCAUACAUGUGAGAGAGCAGGACUACUGUAUAUGGUGUAUAGAACACACUUGUCUUGGUGAAUGUAAAGAGCCUUCUGUCUAGCAAUACAUCAAUGCUUUUAUUUACUUUUUUAUUUCUCUCAAUCAGCGAAAAUGCAGAUGGGUUCUGCCGCUCGUCUGCAUUGUCUUCGAAACCUUUUAUAAAGGAGCGUGUUUCAAACUAAGUUAUUGUAAUAAUCCCCCACAGGGGCUGUUUUACAGGUAAAAUAAUUUGUAAAUAGUUCACCGAAAUAAAAUCUACAUUUGAUAAAA